GGCUCGGCGACCAUGUGACUCCCCCCGCCCCACUCUCCGCAUCCUUUCUCGAUGUGCGUCCCCAAAGCCCUGGCCCGGCUGUCGGCUCUGUGGCUCCUCCUCCUGCUGCGCCUCCUCUCCCCUCCUCCUCCGCCAGGGGCUUCAGCAUCACACUGUACUUUGCCCAAGCCUAUGAAUGUCCAUUUCGUCUCGAAAAACAUGAAGAAUGUCUUACAUUGGUUGCCACCAGAAGGAAUAACAGCAGAAAAAGUAAACUAUACGGUGAAGUAUUUAAUAUACGGCACAAAUAAAUGGAUUAAGAAUUUAGAAUGCAAAAAUAUCAGUCAAACUUGGUGUGACCUCUCACAUGAAACUUAUGACCAUAAGGAGCUAUAUCAUGCCAGAGUAAAAGCCUUUUCAAAUGGGAAUUGUUCCAGCUGGGCAGAAUCUCCACGGUUUAAUCCAUUCACUGACACUAAAAUUGAUCCACCUGCAUUUUCCCUGUCUUCUACUGAAAACUCUAUUUCAGUCAUUGUGACUCCACCUGAGAAAUGGCGGAGAGCCCCAGAAGAGGAACCUGAGUAUUUAUAUCAAAUAUACCCCAGCCUACAAUAUAAUGUGACUGUAUUCAACAAAAAAAUUAAGAAAAGGUGGACCUUUUGUAUUAAAAACAACAGCCUGGAAGUGCAGCAGUUAGAGCCAAACACAGGAUACUGCGUCACAGUGCAAAUAUAUAUUACUCCACUUCUGCUUAGUGGGUUUUCUGAAGAGCACUGCAUUGAUACUUUGAAAGAUCCUACUUUCAAGCAGACGACAACAAUCAUAUUUGGAUAUAUUUUGCCUGUCUUUUUAACUGUCCUUAUUAUUUUGGUGCCAAGCUGCUGUAUAUACAGAUACAUUCACGCAGCGAAGCAAACAUAUCCAAAGAACUUGGUUUUGAAGCAUAGUAAUCAAUUUGGGGGAGAUGUUUUUAUUCCUUCUGAAAAAAUAGUGGUUAACUUUAUCACUGUUACUAUCGUUGAUGAGUAUAAGAACUCUCAGGGGAACACUCAUUUUCUAGAUCAUGCCAAGAACUCUGAUGGGAUUUGUGAUGGAAACAAUGUUGAAGAAAUAUCUUCAAAAGAACUAGAAGAAAAACAUUCUCCAGGUACUUGCCUGAUUGAGGAAUUUGAAAAUGAGCAAGGUGGGAACAGGCCAGUUCUUGGAUCUCAUUGUACUCUUAGCCAGAGGCACAAUGAAGAGGUUGUAGUUUAUGAGUUUGACAUGAGGGCUGAAGAUGGAUUCCCAUUGGAGAGCAACCAAAAAGAGUUCAACUUUUUUGCUGUAGAGGGACUGCUGCACAACUCCCCAAAAGCACUGCCACCAACUCCUGAAAGAGGAUCAUCCUACUAUCUUCCAUUUGAUGUGAGAGCACCAAAUAUGGUUUUAGUGCAACAACUAAGUGAACUCCUUUUGAAUGAGAUGGAGCCUGCCCCAGAAAGCCUAUGUAGUGACCUCCAACCUCCUUUGAUAAAUCUCAUGACUGAAAAGAUAGACCAGGCUUUUUGUCCUGAAUGUGGUAUGGUUACAGACGUUUGUUUGGUACAUGAUCAAAAGGAGCCCUUUUUGGAUCAGAUGGGCUCCAUACCCAAAGAACCACAAUCUUUUACAAAUGUGACUACGUACACAGCCUCACCAUACUGCCCCCAGUUUGUAACAUGGGCAAGUCAAGACCAAAAGGCAGCCAAGGAAGUAGAAGAAAAGAGCUUAAUAGUAGCCUGGGGACCCCAGACAGGGAGACUUUAUCUACCCUCAUUGUCCAAUUUAAGAAAUGAAAUGCAUGAACAAAUAAUUGAAAAUAAAAAGUAUGAUGAAUCUCUGGGGAAAGAACUUUUUACUGGACUUUAUGAGAGACCAUACUCUGAUGAACCAUUGGAGGAAAAGAAGAAGGUAUAUCUCCGGCAGCUUAAAGAACAAUGGGGACUACACAUACAAACGCAAGCUUAAACACAUUUCUCUGCCUCUCAAAAAUUUGAUGUACUUAGGUUUAUGUAGAAAGUAACUUUGUAAAUUAUCACCAUUUGUUUAUUGUAUCUAGAACUGGUGACCAACCACACAAGGUCAUCAAUUUCUAUCUGCAGACAACUGCAGCAAAGUGCGUCUGAUGCCAUCUUGCACCAGUGCAAGUAUUUGAGAAUCAUGUUGAUUCAAAUCAGAAUACCUUGUUCUAAAGUUUUGUAGUUCAAAACACAUGAGAAACGGGGAAAGAGGACAUUACAUGCUGAAUUUGACUCCAGGUCUAAGAUGGAUAUCUCAAUUAUUUGCAAAAAUAUUUGAUAAUUUGUGAUGCCACAUGUCUGUUCAGCCUGAACAGAAUUUAGUUGUCAAAACAGAAAGUUACCAACUUGCAGAUGAUUUCUUUGUUAGAAGUAUGAUAUUGUCUCUGCAGGGAAAAAAAAGUAGUUAAACAGAGUGACACAUAUUGGCUUGUAAAUCUGCUUAAAUUUAAAUAUUUUGCUUAUACUGAAUUUAAAAAACCACGUGGUUGCUUGCAAAAUAGGGAUUAUUGGGAACUGAAACUUUGAUGUCUUCCUUUGUAGCCUUUAGUCACGUCCCUGUCUUUUUACACCCUGACUACUGGCCCAAAAAGAAUUUCACAAAAUUUGCACCCAUUACUGAAAUUUGCUUGCCCAUGAUAUGUAUAGAACUGAGGACCAGUCUACAUAAUAUGGAUUACCAUAUUCCAAAUUGAUGACAUGAUGUCUGGCAUGAGUAUUUGCCACAAAUGUUGACCUUGUAAAUGUUAAUCCAAAAUGUGUGGUGUAAAGAAUUUUUUUUUAAGUUUCCAUUGCAUCGUGUUCUUACCCAUACUGAAUUCUGGUGGUCUCUUACAUAAAAGUCAUUAGCUUUCUGAAGGAAGAAGUCACUACUUUGAAGUAGAAACAUAGACAUGCAGGUGGCUAGGUAAGUCUCCAUUCUUACAGAUGGUUUAAAAUCAGAAUUCUAUGGCCAACAACUACUGAAAGCCUCAUUCUUCAGGAUUUUGAUUCAGAUAUUCAAAAUAUAACGAGCUCAAAAGAUAUAAGAAAUCAUCUUGGAAUUUUUGAUGGGGAUUUGUUUAGUGGCAAGCUACCACCACCACACACAAAAUUCAUAUGGUAAAUGAACAAAUAUGACUAAUGAAAAUGGAAUCUACCAAUGUUGAGUGUAUCACCUAGAUUAGUUUGCAGUUUCUGGUGCAUAUAUCAUAUAAAUACCACCAAGUGAAGAGCAAAUAUUUUUUUAAAAAAUACCAUCUUAACUGUUGCUUUGUAAUGUAGUAUGGAAAAUGUAUUUUCAUACCAUCAUUUCUAAUGCAAGAUAUCUUCCUUUUUUACUGGCAUCAUCAGUGUAUGUGAUCUGGUCAGUCUGAAUUAUUCAUUGCGUAUACACAGAACCUGUCACUCUGUGAUGGCAAUCUUUGUUUUGUCAUCAAAUGUAUACUUUGUAGCUAAUCUUAGUAGCUACACUGGAGCUAAUCUCAGUUCCCCAACCUCUGUACCUGUGUGAUACAUAUGUUUGCACCUUUGUCAUAUUCACAUUUUAGGGUAUACACUACACUACUGUAGAUGCACACCUAAAAUGUUACAUAGUUUAUUUUAAUGUAAACUAAUAAAUAUUUGAGAUAGAUA